UAAACGAAAGUGACAGGGAAGCCGAAUUAAUCAUCCAUGAAAUUAAAAGUUAUUGCAAUUUGAGCAUAUGAAUUUCAAUUGCUUAUGUAAAGGGAGAAGAAAGACAGAAUUUUUUGAGUAUAUCGAUUUCAAUUAUUUAUUUGAAAAUAAAGUUUUAAAAAAAUCUAAAAAGAGAAAAAUAAAAAUUUCAAAGAAUUACAAAAGAUGAAUAAUAAUUAUAGUACAAGAGAUUGAAAAUGGUUAAAAAAAUAUAUAUAACAAGAGAAAACUAAAUUUAGAAGAAAGAGGGAAAGCAAAGGGUUGUAGUUAAUGAAGCAUGCCAUAAAUAUCCUAGUAGUUUAGGAGGAGCUAUUUUUGGUUUUAGUGUUAUCAGGAGAAUGAAAACUGUGUAACGUUUUUAUAAAUGAGGCCACGUAGAGACGCUAAUCAGAAACGGAAUAACUCCCUCCACCUACAACCACAAUCACGCAGAUUCUGCGUUGCCACCGCCGGGAACAUUCGCCACCGUAAAUGGUUGCCGCCGGAGAUCCUCUUCAUGGCGGGUCACUCACGGAAAUGGAUGAUUUUGGCGGUGACGAUUUGGAUUCAGGCGUUCACGGGCACCAACUUCGACUUCUCGGCAUACUCGUCCGAGAUGAAGUCCGUGCUGGGGAUCUCUCAGGUCCAGCUCAACUACCUCGCGGUGGCGUCCGACCUCGGCAAGGCAGUGGGCUGGUCGUCCGGCCUCGCUUUGGCCUACCUGCCCUUGUCGGUCGUCUUGUUGGUCGCGGCCAUCAUGGGCUUUUUUGGGUAUGGUCUUCAAUGGCUUGUCCUCAGGAAUUUCAUUAGCUUGCCCUAUUUCGUGGUAUUUCUUUUGUGUGUGUUGGCUGGAGUUAGCAUAUGCUGGUUCAACACAGUCUGUUUCGCUCUCUGCAUUCAAAAUUUUCCAGAUAACCAGCCUCUUGCAUUAUCACUAACACUGAGCUUCAAUGGUGUAAGUGCAGCCUUAUACACCCUAGCCGCCAAUGCAAUUAACCCAUUGUCUGAUGCAUUAUACCUUCUUCUCAAUGCUGUCCUACCCCUUCUCACAUCCAUUGUAGCACUCGUACCGAUUCUUCGCCAACCCCCUUUGGACCCCCUUCCCCCUGAAGCUGUUCGACGAGAUUUCUUCAUAUUCCUCUUAUUAAAUGUGUUGGCCGUUGUUACUGGCAUCUAUCUACUAUUUCUCAGAUCAACAGAUUUAACAACAGCUCGUAUCCUUUGUGGUGGGGCUGUUGUCCUCCUCAUCCUCCCCUUAGGUAUCCCUAGCAUCAUCUAUGCUCGAGAUUGGUUCCCUCUUUCCAUCCUCUCAAGCUUCAGCCGUGAGGGCUCAGGCUUUGUUCUCGUUGAUGUGGUGGAUCAUGAAGAACUCAUCAGCAGUAAGACAAGUAAAUUAGGAAAUGGAGUCUCUAAAUCUGUUAAUAGUGAUGAAUCUACGUAUUCGUUUCCAACCCAAACUGCUGGAGUUAGUGAAGGGUGUUGUAAAACAAUAAUAGAGAAAGAUCAGUUGGCAAUGAUUGGAGAAGAGCACACCGCACAAAGGCUUAUUCGUAGGUUGGAUUUUUGGCUAUACUAUAUUGCAUACUUUUGUGCGGGUACACUUGGGCUGGUGUACAGUAAUAAUCUAGGGCAGAUUGCACAAUCACUUGGACAAACUUCAAUGACCUCAACCCUUAUCACACUCUAUUCAUCCUUCUCCUUCUUUGGCCGCUUGCUUUCAGCAACCCCGGACAUCUUGCGUGGGAAAAUCUACCUUGCAAGGACUGGUUGGUUUGCCAUUGCACUUUUUCCGUUUCCAUUUGCCUUCUUCUUGCUUGCUGCUUCAGGCAGUGAGAUGGCACUGGUAGUAGGCACUGCCUUGGUUGGAUUAACCUCAGGGUUCAGGUUUGCAGGUGCUGUUCAAGUAACAUCGGAACUGUUUGGGACUAAUAGUGUAGGUGUCAACCACAACUUACUCGUCACCAAUAUCCCAAUCGGUUCAUUUCUCUACGGUUACCUUGCUGCGCUGGUUUAUGAUGCCUAUGCAACAGGAGGAGGCGUCACCAAUGACAUAGUAGUGUGCAUGGGGAGACAAUGCUAUUUCUUAACCUUCGUGUGGUGGGGGUGUGUCUCUGUUGUGGGAUUAGCAGCAAGUGUGCUGUUAUUCCUAAGAACUCAACCUGCUUAUGACCGAUUUGAACAUAAGCGAAUAUCUUCUACACCAUAUUAGUAUUGGAUUACAAUCAAUCAAGGAGCAGAUAUAGCGUUUAAUUAAGUUCAAUUAUACAGUUGGAGAAGGUUGUAAUGUAUAUAAUUAUAGAUAUAACAUUCUUUAUUUGUUUGUAAUAAAUAUAUGAAUUCAUUCAUUCAGAGAGUGAGAGUCAACAUCUUGUACAUAGUUGAAUUUUUUUCGAAAAGAAAAGCCAAGAGAAUCAAUCUCUUUGAAGUAGUUAGAAUUCUGGCUUACCAAUUAUUGUGGACGUGGAAAGUCAAUAGUUAUGAUGGGUUUUACUUCACAGAGGUUAGUUUGGGUUAUCCCCAGCUACCUUCAAUCCUCAAAGAAGCUCCGAAUAAUAUUCCAAGAUCAAUUUGAAACGUUGUCUACAAUUUUCUGAACAAGAGUGGAGACUUAGUUGACAAGAACUAGCUAUCUGAAAUUUUGUUGUCAUUUCUAUGUGAUAUACGGGAUUCAUGUAGUCGAUUCUAAGUAGUUGAGAAAAUGGUCGAUGUCCUUUAUUUUCUAUCUUGCAAAAGGCUGGUUUAUUAAUCUGCAAAGCCAAGAUGAAUAUUUUUGAGUCGCGAUAUGUAGAAUGGAUGUUGAAGUUUGUAUUAAAAGGUGAAUAUGUUUUACUUACUCUUUUAUUCAAUUUUUACUUAUUUUAAUUUUAUCGGAAUAAAACUAAAUCCAAACUCACAAAAAAAAAAAAAAAAAAGUACAAUUAAAGUAAAUAAAGUUUAAGAGAUGACAUUGAACUUUUGUGCGUGAAAAUCCUAGUUGGAAGAAAUCUGAAGCAAAGUAUAGCUCACUUUGACUUACGCUCACAUCAUUUCACUCUAUCAAGACUCAACUCGCUGAACGUCACCAGCUUUGCGACCUUCCGUCCAA